AUGGCGGCCGCAGCGCCGGGCGCGGCCUUUUAUACCGAGCCACGCCCCCGCCGCGCCGCGCCACGCCUCCCGCCCGUGGAGCCGCCCCACGGCGCCUGCGCGGGGCUCGCAGCGCGCACGCGCAAAGCCGCGCGCCGUUGGCCGCGGGCCGUGUGGCGCAGUUUUAAUUCGGGGCAGGGUGGGCGGGAGCGGCGCUGCGCAUGGCGGCGGGCGGCGCCGGGAGGGCGCGGUGGGCUCAGGCCCUCCCCCGCCUCUGCAGCAGCCGGGGCCCCCCCCGAGCCCCCCCCGGCCGCGCCCUCCCCGUACCUGGAGCGGCCCUGGGCGUACCUGGAGAGCGAAGAGUACCGCGCGGCCUACGGGGACAGCCCGGUGUGGCACGGCUACCGGCGCAACCACAAGGGCUCCGUGCCGCCCCAGCGCGCCCGCAAGGCCUGCCUGCGCCGGGGCAGGCCCGUGGGGAACCCCUGUCCCCUGUGCCGGGACCGGAACCUGCUCGUGGAUUUUCGGAACGUGAAGCUGCUGGACCAGUUCAUCUGCCCCCAUUCCGGGGUCAUCUUCCACCCCAUCCACACAGGGAUCUGCAUGAAGCAGCACCGGCGCCUCUCCCAGGCCAUCGCCCAGGCCCAGGCCCACGGGCUCCUGUGGCUGCAGGUGCCCUUCGUGCCCGUGCCCGACGAGGAUUUCUCCAACCGGCACGCCGCCGUGGGCCGAACGCCGCCGGCGCCCGCGCUGAGGGAGCCGCGCCGCGCCUGGUACCCCUGGUACGAGCGGUGGCAGCCGCCCGCCGCCGAGCUGGCCCGCGUGCGCCGCCUGUACCGCGGCUUCCUCCGGGAGGAGCACCCCGACACCGCCCCGAGCCCCUCGGCGAAAUAAAACGGGUGAAAAUCCCCCAGAAA